AUGUGCAGGUUGCAAGGGCUUCGUGACGAUUUUGCAAGGUUCGCCACGCUUGGGUGUGUGAACUCCGUGCCGGGCGAUGCUUCAUGGAUAUGGCAGGCCGGCUCUGGAACUUGGCAGUCCUGCAACCUGGCCGUUCGUGGCGACAUCGGCAGCAUGUGCGUGGAUGCAGCUGGAAAGGCUGAUCCUACCUCACUGUUUGUGAGUCUCCCGAGCACACCAGACAGGAGCGGCUGUUUUGCCUGGACCGCAGAGGCCUGCAGUGUUGACUUUCGUCGAGUCCAGCGGAUUGAGUUCGACUUUGAUGUGGCUAGCUGCGGAUCCGUCUGGGCAGCACCACUCUGGAUAUCGCCUCGGCCAUGGGAUGGCCCGGCGCCAACAUCUGGAGAAGUGGAUUUCGUUGAAGCCUGUCCAGUUGGCGACCUCCGCACGAACUUCGCAACGGGCGGAACCGAAGAGUCGAUUGGCAACCCAGACAACCUUGGCGGCCCCAAGCACAUGAUCAUGACGCUAGAUAAUAGCGCCGCUGUGGGAGCUGCGGGCACACUGCGGACCAAAAUCUGCGAUCUCGGCCCGACGAACUGCAGAGAUUCGGCCUUCUAUCCGGACUAUAUGAGCACAGUGAUAUCGACUCGUGGCCAAGGCCACAGUUUCCCUUACAUCUUUCUGUCGGACAUUUGGAAUGGCUUCGGUGGAGAUUCCGGGACCCUUGGCGGCACAGAAGGAAUACAGGUGCGCCUGUAA